AUGGGAGAACUAAGAGCUCCACGCAACAGCUCCGGUUUGUCCCGUGAGAACUCGCCUGUCGUGUCAGAGCCUGGGGGGUCAGCAGAGCUUUCCUGCCUCGCAGUCAGGCCUCCAUGCUGCAGAGCAGAAGACACUUUGCGCAGCGCUGAAGUGCUCAUCACAGGUUUGCUCGCCAAACGCCCUCCAGGAGCUUCGUGUCUCUUAAUUGUGGAGCGCUGUUGCCAUGGUGACGUCCCUUCCCCCUCGCAGAGCUGCUUCAGCCUGAGCUGUGAGGGGAAGACGACGCGCACACCUCCCUCAGAGGAUGAGGAGCAUAGCACCCCGCUGGACCUGAUCGAGACUGGAAAGGGGCUGAAGUUCCAAGCAGAGCGCCCCCACCUGGUGAGCUUGGGGAGUGGACGCCUGAGCACAGCCAUCACCCUGCUGCCCCUGCCCGAGGGCCGGACCACUCUGGGUCACGGUCCCGUGGACAUCAGCAUCCAGGGUCCUGGGGUGGCAGCUCAGCACUGCUACAUAGAGAACAGGUCGGGGGUCAUCACGCUGCACCCCUGUGGGAACCUCUGUGCUGUUGAUGCCAUCCAGAUUAGACAGCCCACUCGCCUGUCACAAGGCUGUAUGCUGUGUCUUGGCCAAUCAGCCUUCUUUCGCUUCAACCACCCUGAGGAAGCCUUCAGGAUGAAGAGUAUGAUGCCCCACGGAGGAAGUGUCUCUGCUGGGGACUACAGACUCUGUGCAGAUGAAGAUAGCUUGGUCAAUGGGAAUCACCAGCCCAGUCCGGCCCAGUGUCCCCCAGCUCCUGGAGAGAGAGUCCAAUCCGAGCACAGCGCCAUCGUCAGCUCUAUUGAGAGGGACCUCCAGGAGAUCAUGGAUUCUCUAGUCAUGGAUGACCCUCAGCCUUCUUCAUCGGACGCCAUGAAGCCUCCCGGAGGCCAGUCCGCAGCUCACUCUCCUCUGUCCCCCAUGGUCAACGGAGGGGGGCGGUAUCUGUUAUCGCCUCCUACCAGCCCAGGGGCCAUGUCUGUGGGGUCCAGCUAUGAGAACACAUCUCCUCCUUUUUCCCCUCUGUCCUCCCCCUCAGCAGCCAGCAGUGGAAGCUUUACCAGUCCAUCUCCUAGCGGAGGACCCCAGGACCAGAGUUCUUCUCUGCCGCCAGUGCCUGUACGCUCCUCUAGCUACAACUUCACCGCCCAGCCUCCGCCGGUGCCCCAGCCACGGACCAUACUGCCUAACUUCAGCAGCAGUGGGGUGAGCCUAAAGGUUCAGGAAAGCCCCAGGUUGCCGCGAAAGGUCUUAACGGAGGCUCCUCCAAGCCCCAAGCCAAGCCACACGGGACUGGGCCAAGAUGGGUCUGAGAGCCCUCGGCAGACCCCCCUUCUGUCCUCCAGUGAAUCUCUUAGCGGUAGAAACGCUGUGCCAAGUAGCCCCAGGCUCACACCCAAGUUCCCAACCUGUUCAUCCCCGUCGCCCUCCAGCCCCAGGACCAAGACUACCACAGUGCUCCAAGAAAGACCUGCCAGCCCCUUCAGAGAGCACGCCCCUCUGGCCGAUCGCUCGCUUACUUCCAGCCCCUCCAGGCAGCUUUCUCAACCCACCCGAGCGUUCCAGCCUCCCCUGGACCCCAUCGUCCACAUAAUCCAAGGAUCACCUCUCCAGCAGCACCCGCGCUCGUUGCAGCCCCCGGAAAGCCCUCGCUUGGCCCGGAGGAACGUGGAGGUGAACGGGGGCGGUGGCGCCAGCAGCAGUAUGAGAGAGCUGCCACCUUUAAGCCCCUCCUUGGUUCGCAGAGGGGUUCCAGUUCUCCCAGGGGCACUUCCGGGCACGGUGAACCCACUGAGGACUCUGGACAGCCCCUCAAGUCUGGGCAAGGUCGUUCCCGAGAGCCCCAGACUUCGGCGCAAGUCGGAGGAGCAGAUUUGCAGCAGAGGCAUCCGAGCUCGCAGCCCAUCACCUACCUCGUUGUUGACGGAGGGCAGCGUCGGGGGUGCAGGGGUACGGAAAGCGAGCUUCGGGAAUUCCUUGUCGCCUGCUUACAGUCUGGGCUCGUUGCCGGGUUCCUCUCCUGUAGCCAGCCCAAGGACCCACAGGAAGAUGUCUGCAGGGAGACCGCACCCCGGCAUGAGGGAGAGGAAGAACAGCAUCACAGAGAUCAGCGACAACGAGGACGACCUGCUGGAGUACCACCGCCGACAGCGAGAGGAGAGGCUCCGCGAGCAGGAGAUGGAGAGGCUGGAGAGACAGCGACUAGAGACCAUCUUAAACCUCUGUGCUGAGUACAACAAAGGAGAGGGCCCCGGCCUGGAUCCGCUGUGCUUGGGGAGGUCGGGAUUCCCGGGAUGUCUGGAGAACGCGCCGGGAGGGACGGCGUCUUCAAACACGCUGCGCCUAGCGCAGAGACAGAGGGAGAGCGACGAGGAGAACCUGAAGGAGGAGUGCAGUAGCACGGAGAGCACUCAUCAGGAGGUGAGGACGUCUCCUGCUCCCAGCGCAGCGUCCACGCUGCACAAUGGAGACAGACAGCACGAGGACUCCUCCAGCGCAGGCAGCGGCGGUCGAGUGGAGCUGGGCUACCUGGAGGAAGAGCGGGUCCGUGUCCUGGCUCGGAUCGACGAGCUCAAAACCCGGCUCACAGAACUGGAGCAGCAGCUCCAAGAGUCCAAACAGGAGGCUGAGAUGGAGCGCGCCUUGCUGCAGGGCGAGAGGCAGGCGGAGCUCGACCAGAUAGAGACCGAAGCUGAUAUCAUCGCUCAGCUGCAGCACAAGCUGGACGAGCUGGAGAGCGCCAUCCAGAGAGAGAAAGACAAGGAGAGGGCUAAUGUUGAGGCCGAGCGCCGGGUUCUGCAGAGCCUCCAGGAGGGCUACGCUGAGCUGAAGAACCAGCUUCAUAACUGUCCCGAGUCGCUGCGGGAACAGUUGCAGGAACAGCUCAAGAGGGAUGGAGAGGCGCUGGAAGCAGGAACUAAAAAGUUUGAGGACCUGGAGUUUCAGCAGCUGGAGAGAGAGAGCAGCCUGGAGGAGGAGCGAGAAACCAUCAGCCAGCAGCUGCUCCAGGAGAGAGCCGAGUACCAGCACAGCGUGGCCAAGAGGAAGGAGAAGGUGUCGGCUCUGGAGAACCAGGCCAGCCAGCUCGGCCUGCAGGCAGCUCAGGAGUGUGAGCGGCUGGCUAAAGACCGAGCGCUCACGCUGCAGAUGCUCCAGAAGGAGAAGGAGAGGCUGUCGGCCCUCGAGAGGAGAUACCACUUUCUGACCGGAGGAAAGAGCUUCCCCAAGUCUUCCACUGCCAUGAGGGAGGAAGUGCUCCAUAUCAGCGAGGCCCACCUGUUGUUGGAGGACUGCCGCUCCUCCCAGCGCUCCCUCUGUCGAGCCUCUCCUUCCUACUUGCACCCCUCCCCUCCCUGUCAGUUGUACCCCAGCAGCCCUGCAGAGGAUUAUGUGACAGUGGGCCAGUUAAAUCAGAUGUAUGGGAUGCCGAAGGUGGAGUCGUCCCCGACCUCCCCGCUUCGCCAGCCCCUGCAGCCCGGAGCAGUAGACCCCACCUUCUCCUGCCUCCCCUCUCCUCAUGCCUCCUUCCCCCCUCUCUCAUUAGAGUCUGACGGCUGCAGGCCUCACCUGUCCAAGCUAGACUUAGAGCAGUGGUACCAGGAGCACCUCUGCCCUCCCUCUUUGCCAGCCAGAUGUUUGUCGGGCCGCAGGCCUGUGCUGCAGGUACAAGCUUUUUCCUUCCUCCUCGCGCUGCUGCUCUCACUGCUGUUUCUGUCUGCUGUAACACAACUGCAGUGUGCGUCACCUGAUAAUGUCGUGUUUGGCAGCGUCGGAGGUGUGGACGCCCUGAAGAUCGAGGAGAUGGAGAAGAUGCUGAAGGAGGCGCAGCUGGAGAAAGCCAGACUUAUCGAAUCGCGGGAACGGGAGAGCCUGGCUCGCCGUCAGAUGCUCGAGGAGGAGAGGCGGAGGAGGGAGGAGGCGGAGAAGAGGCUGCAGGACGAAACUUUCCACCGGCAGCAGCUGGUGGAGAAGGAAGUCAAGAUGAGGGCCAAGAACUUCUCUCAGGUCAGUGGAAGCAGCCAUCAGAGGAAAGCAGAGCGAAGCAGCAACGCCGUGCUGCGUGAGAGCGUGCGUCCUCCGGGCUCGGAGCACAUCUGCGUGCACCUUGCAGGCUGGUGUCAUCUGAGCGGCGAGCUCGGGGACGUCCGCUCGCUGACGGCCUUUGAAGUGCUCAGAAGGUUCCGCUUAAAGCUGCUUAAAGCGAACCUUGUUGAAAGCGAGCCAGGGCGAGGAGACAAACACGAGACCAAGCUGAAGGGAGUCAUCUACUUCCAGGCCAUCGAGGAGGUUUACUACGACCACCUGCGCAGCGCCACAAAGUUUGUCCACCAGAGGGCACUCUGUGUUCCAACUGGGAAGUUACAAGAAUCACCAGAUUGGCUAAGCCGAGCAGCCGGGCAGGAGCGAGUGGAUUGUAAAGAGCAGCAGCUGUGUGGAAACACUGGAGUGUUGGUGUGCAGCUGA